AUGGGCUCGACGACUGAGCAAUUGGCUCAACUUGACGCCUUCCUUCAGCCCAUGACCAUUGACAUCGAGAAAUGCCACCUGCUGUCAGAGAAGUUUCUGCAAAACUUCAUCCACCUUUCUGCGGAGUCUCUGGACCAGUUCUUACCAACUCCCAUCUCGGAGUCUAUUUUGCGGCCAGUCGCAGAUCAUGGCCACGGACGGCAUCUUGCGAUUGACAUCGGGGGAACCAACUUGAGAGUCGGAUUCGUGGAAUUGCUCACGGAUGAAUCCGUCAAGUCUGAUGAUAGCAAUGGAGUUGCGACGAAUGGUAAUGGACACAGUGGCACGAAUGGUCUAAACGGCAACAGCACAAAUGGCCAUUCUACUCCGAAAUCGCCCUCUGGUCGCCUCCAACGACACUUGGAAAAGUCGUGGCCGAUUUCGAAUCAUCUGAAAAAUGAUAAUGCUGAUAGCCUAUUCCUUUGGAUCGGGAAGUGCAUUGCCGAGGUUGUUGAAGAAGGAAGCAAGGCAUUCAACCUCCCCGGCGAUGCGCCACUGCCUCUCGGAAUCACAUUUAGUUUUCCAGUAGAACAACCGUCGCUCGAAAAGGCGACUAUUACAUCCAUGGGGAAAGGCUUUGCCAUACCGCCUAAUGUUGAUCUAGGGGAUCGUCUCAAAGCGGCAUAUGAUAAGCACAGGGGCGCCGACGCACCGCCCAUCUACAUUGCAGCCGUUGCCAAUGACUCCGUGGCCACGCUAAUAUCCUUCAUUUUCAACUAUGACGGAGUGGUUCACCGUCGUGCGACUAUGGGCCUGAUACUGGGCACUGGGAGCAAUGCUACCAUUCCUGUGAAGCUGAGCCUCCUCCAUCCGGACAAACGACCGAAAAAUGUCAAUCUUUUGCCUGGCGAGAAGGUAGAUGAUGCGAAGAUCGCAGUUAACACGGAAUGGAGUAUCAACGGAACGGCACCACCGAUGCGCGAGCUUGGGUUGAUUAACAGGUGGGACGACGAGUUGAGCGCGCAAAAUGAGAAGCCUGGCUUCCAGCCUCUCGAGUACAUGACUGCAGGGCGAUACCUGGGAGAGCUGGGGCGUAUCAUGCUACUUGACUACAUGACCAGCACACUCAACAUCAACAGGGCACUUUUGCCACAAAAGAUUUUGGCGCAGGAGAGCCUGUCGACAACAUUUUUGAGCCAUUUCAAGCCGUUACAGCCUACCACUCUAUUAUCGGUUUUACGGAGCGAGUUUCCAGAGUCUCCGGAUUCCUCCUUCCUUUGGAACGAGCAUCAUGCGGAGGCCUUGUAUCGUAUUGCUAAGGCUAUCGAAGUGCGCGCGGCGGGAAUUAUAGCUGCAGCCAUUAUGGCGUUGCUCACAUUAGGGGAGGCACUUCCUGUCGACGGGUCGUCCCCAUUGCCACAAUCAGAAAUUCGUGAGUUGGGGGUAGGUUAUACGGGAGGCUGCAUUGUUCACUUUCAGGACUAUCUAGUGGACUGCCAGAAUUUCGUGAAUCAACUGGUGAAUAGGAGAUUUGGCAAGGACUCACCACUUCGAGUCACCAUGAGUCCAUGUCAUGACGGGGGCAUUACUGGGGCUGGCAUUUUGGUUGCUGCAGCACUUUCCAGCCAAACGUCCCAAACUUGA